GAAAGGAAAGAGACAGGUUGCCGUCAAUUUGUUAACUACAAUGAAACGGAGAUUGAAAAGCUAUUUCAGUUUCCCCUCGCACUCAAUGAGAAGCUUCAGCUGCAGCAGUUGCUGCCUGAGUUUAAAUAAAGUUGGGUGAAGCAGCAAUGGCGGCGCCCAGUGAGAGGAGCUGGAGCUGGAUGGUGCCGCUUGCUUUCGGUGUAACCCUGUUAAAGUGUUUGCUUAUCCCUGCUUAUCAUUCAACAGACUUUGAAGUCCACAGAAACUGGCUGGCAAUAACUCACAGUUUACCUAUUUCAAAGUGGUAUUAUGAAGCAACUUCACAGUGGAGUUUGGACUAUCCACCAUUUUUUGCAUGGUUUGAAUACCUACUGUCUCUCAUUGCACAAUAUUUCGACAAGGAAAUGUUGGUCAUCCAGAACCUUAAUUAUGCCAGUGAUGCAACAAUCCUAUUUCAGCGACUUUCAGUCAUCAUCAUGGAUAUAGUAUUUAUUUAUGGAGUGCUGGAGUGUUGUAAGUGUGUCAAUAGAAGAAAGGAGUCAAAGGAAAUAAUGGAGAGACCAGCAUUUAUACUUGCAGUGCUGUUACUUUGGAACUUUGGAUUAUUGAUUGUCGAUCAUAUUCACUUUCAAUACAAUGGCUUCUUAUUUGGUGUCAUGCUUCUUUCCAUUGCAAGAAUGUUUCAGGAAAGGCAUUUGGAAAGUGCGCUACUCUUUGCAAUCCUGCUGAACUUUAAGCACAUUUUUCUUUAUGUGGCUCCUGCCUAUGGUAUUUACCUACUACGUUCAUACUGCUUCACUGAGAACAAGCUAGGUGCUUCUGUCCAGUGGAAGAGUUUCAUCUGUUCCCGUCUCUUUGCCUUGGGGUUUAUAGUCUUCUCUGUUUUUGCUGUCUCUUUUGGGCCCUUCAUAUCCAUGGGUCAGUUGUCCCAGGUGCUUGCAAGACUAUUCCCCUUCAAGCGAGGUCUUUGCCAUGCAUAUUGGGCCCCAAAUUUCUGGGCCCUGUACAAUGUGGUGGACAAAGUAUUGUCUGUCAUUGACGUAAAGUUGCAACUGCUGGAUCCUGCCAAGCUUUCAAAGGCAUCAAUGACAGGUGGCUUAGUACAGGAAUUCCAGCAUGCUCUCCUGCCUUCCGUGUCACCAUUCACAACUUUGGUCUGUACAUUGCUCUCAAUAAUGCCUGCUGUUCUCCAACUUUGGUUAAGACCUCGAGGACCUAGAGGGUUCCUUCAAUGCCUAAUCCUUUGUGCAUUGGGAUCAUUCAUGUUUGGCUGGCACGUACAUGAAAAGGCCAUUCUCAUCGCCAUUUUACCUCUGAGUUUGUUAGCUGUGGAAAAUAGAAAAGAUGCUGGAACGUAUUUCAUUUUAGCCACAACAGGGCACUUUUCCCUUUUCCCACUCCUCUUCACAGGACCAGAGAUACCAAUUAAAAUCGGUCUCAUGCUGCUGUUCACUGUCUAUAGUUUCUCAGCUCUUCGUGCUUUGUUCAGGAAAGAGGGAUCACUUAUAAACCUACCAGAGUCCAUCUACCUCAGCGCUCUUGUUCCUCUGCAGGUUAUUUGUGAGAUCAUUUAUCCCCUAACAGCAUGGCAACAGAGAUUCCCUUUUGUGCCACUGUUGCUCAUCUCCGUUUACUGUUCGCUAGGAGUUACCUAUUCUUGGAUUAAACUGUACAUUUCUAUCCUAAUGGAGCCAAGAACUGACAGGAAGAUGAAAGCACAAUAGUUGAUGGAUUUGCUUUUAAACUUACUCAGAAAUGUGAAUGCUUCGUUAACUUGGAUUAAAAAUAUACAAAUUAUGGAUACAUUGAACGAAUCACAUCCCAGACAGAAACCAAGAAUCAUGGAUGCAAGACAGGGAGCACAGACAUAUUCCAGUGUUGAGACCUUUACAGCUGAGACGUAGACCUUUAUUUGACUACAGAAUUCAAAAACAUUAGUGCUGGGAAUGGAUAUUCCCAAUAAUCAAUAUUUCAAAUAUUGAUAUAUUUUCAGUACCUUUAAUAAUAAUCGCCUGUAUUGUGUCUUUGAUAUUUCAGGGUAAUUUUGUUUACCUAGAAAAUUGUUUCCUGGUCAUCAAAGACUUGUCCUUUCCCUUGUAUAAUGACAUUCUUGUCAUCUCACUGUCAGUAGACAGUGUCAAAUGCUUUCACAUUAUUUUGUCAUGCAGUAUUCAUUCCAUGAUGACCAUUAAUGUUAAAAUUAUAUUGGUACUGAAUUGUCAAAUGUAAAAUUGAUAUCAGUUCUGGUAGAACUGCAUUAAGUUUUCAUUAGUUUGAGGUAUACCAUAACACAUAGGAGCAGAGGUAGAUCAUACAUCCCUUCCUGUCUGAUGCUGCAUUCAAUGGGAUCAUUUGAGCUGAUCUGAUAUUUCUAAACCGUACUUUCCUGUCUUUUCCAUGUGCCCUUGAUUCCCUGACUGAUUAAAAAUCUAUCUCAGCUUUGAAUAUGCUGAAGGACCCAGUCUCAACCACUCACUAUGAUAAAGAAUUCAACAAAUACACUACCCUCUGGCAGAAGAAAUUCCUCAUCCUCUCUGUGUUAAAUGGCCGACCCCCUUAUUCUGAGAUUCUAUCCUCUGUUUCCACGCUCGCCCAGAAAGGGAAAUGACCUUUCCGCAUCUACCCUGUUAAACCUCCUUAGGAAUUUUAUCUAUUUCAGUAAGGCCUCCUCUCACUUCUUCUUAAUGCAAAGGAGUUCAAGCCCUACCUACUCAACAUCUCCUCAAAAGAAAUUCCUUCCACACCUGGAUUCGCACUUUUUGAACUGCGUCUAAUGCCAAGAAGGCCUUCCUUAGAUAAGGGGCCCAAAACUGCUCACAGUAUUUAGGUGAGGACUGACCAGUGCCUUAUCUUGCUGAAACUAUACUUCCCUGUUUUUAUAUUCCAUUCUGUUUGAAAUAAAGGCCAACAUUCCAUUUGCCUUUCCUGAAUGAGUAUGUUAAUAUUUGUGAUUCACAGACAAACCUCAAAUUCCAAUGUGCUGCAGUUUUCUCCAUUUAAAUAAUAUUCACCUCCCCUAUUCUUCCUAUCAAAUUACAUAACCUUAAACUUUCCAAUAUAUUCCAUGUGCCAACUUUUCCCCAUUCACCGACUUGGCCAUACCUCUGCAUAGAUUCUUUAUGUCAUCCUCACCACUUGCCUUCCCAUCUGUUUUUGUGUAAUCUGCAAACUUGGCUGCAGUACAUUCAGUUUCUUUUCCAAGUCAUUAAUAAAUAAUGGAAAUAAUUAUGGCUCCAGCACUAAUCUCUGUGGUACUCUACUUGUUACUGGUUGCCAUCCUGAAAAAUGCCCACUUUAUCCAACUCUCUCUUCUAUUAGCCAGACACCACAGGCUCUUAUUAUGCAGUUGUUCACUCUGCGGUAUCUCAUUGAACAACUUUUGGAAAUCCAAAUAUAUUACAUCUACUUAUUCCUCUUUAUGUUACUGUUACCUCCUCAAAGAAUUCCAAUGUAUUUGUCAGGCAUGAUUUCCUCUUCUUGAAGCCAUGUUGACUCUGCUUGGUUAUAUUUCUAAAUGCUCCACAUUUACAUCCAUUAUAAUAGACUAACAUUUUCCAGUUGACAGAUAUGAAGUUAACUAUAGUUAACUCUUUUUGGUCCCUGUACAUUUUUGAAUAUGGCUGUUACUUUUUGUUGGAUUUAAAAACUUCCUCAGUCCUCUGACUUACAAUUAAUGUAUUGUCAUAUUUUAUGUUUAUUUAUUUAAAUCUUUAACUCCCUCAGCUAACCAUGUCUGUUUAUCCCUUUCUUAGAAUUCUUCUUUACUUUCAAACUGUGAACAUUACAUUCUAUUGUGUUGUGCCACUGUGUGCUAAUGCAUCUUUUACUCAUUCCUUGUAAAACAUUGCCAUCCAAAAGGCCUGAUUGCUGGCUGGAUCCAUAAUAUGUUAUUCCAGGAAAGUAUCCUGAAUACAUCCUUUGAAUUUUUCCUGAUGGCUACUUCUGCCAACUUGGUUUUUUUCAAGGUGCCAUAUAAUUAAUUAUUAUCUUUUUUACAUGCCCUUCUUUAUCUACUGUCCUGCAGAACAGCUACCAUUAGAGGGCCUUUGAACGACACACACCAGUGUCUCCUUCCCUUUUGUUAUUUCUUACCUCCCCCCAUAUGAAAUCUAUCUCUUCCAACCCAAGGUCAUUUCUUCCACUUGUACUCAUUCUAUCCUGUAUUAACAAAGCUACCCCACCCCACUUUCCUUCCUGCCUGUUCAUUUUUGAAAAGUCACGUACCCCUGAAUGUUUACUUUCUAGCUUUGAUCUUGUAGCCAUGCUUCCAUAAUGCCUGUAAGAUCAAUCCUGAAUUUGUGCGAUAAUUCACUUACUUUGUGAAUACUACAUGCAUUGAUUCGGAGACAUUAAUUCUGCCUUUACAACCAUGCCCCCCACCCAGGCCACCCAACCCCCUUUUGACUUUGACUUUGUAUUUGCAGCUUUUUUUUAAUAUCUGUACACUUCGUCCCUCAUUAACCCACCCUGGAUAUUAUUUAUUACUUAGACAGUUACCCUGCAAUGCUGUCAUAUCCUUUCUCUUUGUAUGCCUAAGCAUCUCCUCUCCAAAAAUGUCCCCAGUAAUUAGUUCAGCCCCUCUUUACAGCCCCUAGUUAUUCAAUUUGCCAGGGCAGUGGUGAAACCCAGUUCCAUUGGAACAGUCCCCUGCUACUCCAGUAUUGAUACCAGUGCACUAUGAACUGAAAGCCAGUCCAUUCAUAUCAAUCUUUUGAGCCAUGCAUUUAACUCCAUCUUUAUUUACCCAAUGAUAGUUUGUCUGUGGAUUAUGUAAUAAUCCUGAGAUUAUUACUUUGGAGCUUUUGUUUCUCAGUUUAGCUCCUAACUGUUGAAACUAUUUCAGCAGAACCUCCAUUCUAGUCCUGUCAAUGUCAUUGGUGGGUGGAUGCUGACAACUGGACCCCUUCCUUCCCCAUCAAAGUUCCUCUCCAGACUCUAGAAGCUAUCCUUAACAAUAAUACCAAGCAACUAAUACAGCCUGCAAGAUUCUCACUCAUGGCUGUACAGAAGAGUAUCUAUUCCUCUAUUACGCUCUUAUAUGAUCAUGCACCAGGGUGCCAUGAUCAGUUGCUCAUCUUUCCUGUUGUCCCCACCUUCAUCCACACAACGAUAUUGUAAUUGUUGACCAAUUGUGAUGAAAAUAAAAACCUUGCUCUCAGCUACCAUUUACAGAUUUUAAAUAGUAGUUUUCAGUUCAAUGCCAGCCACAAACUAAUUUGUAGAAACUUAAUUCAAAGGAUUAGAUUUCCCCUGGAUCUCCAAGCACUUGUACAAGUCUGCUGUUUAUUGAACUUCUUUGAAAAAGAUCUGAUGAUGUGUUAAUAAUUAGGUUUUUCUUGAGAACCAAUAAUAUUUCAGUCAUUAAUUCAGAGAUAAUGGGAAUUGCAGAUGCUGGAGAAUCCGAGAUAACAAAGUGUGGAGCUGGAUGAACACAGCAGGCCAAGCAGCAUCUUAA